AUAUUAGUCAUUCCCGUAGAAUACUCUUCAAAUGGCGGCGCCCAUGAAUAUAACAGAAAUAGAAAAGAAAAUACUUUUUCAACGAGAAAAGUGCCGAAGUCUUGAAAAGUUUGAAACGGUUAAAGAAAUAAAAUACACAGAAUUUUUUAAGCAAUACUUAUUUCCUAAUAUACCAUGUAUAUUUACUCCAAAUAUCACAAGGCAUUGGAAGAGUCGACAAGAUUGGGUGCUUGAAGAUAAAACACCAAACUUUUCUCUUUUAAGAUCUAAAUUUGGUGAAGCUAUUGUACCUGUCGCAAAUUGUGGGCAAGAACAGUUCAGUUCUCAUCCCAAAAAAGACAUGCUGUUGUCAGAGUACUUAGACUAUUGGGAAAAUUAUAGAUCUGAAGGUUAUCCUGGGAAUCAGCCAUGUCUUUAUCUUAAAGAUUGGCAUUUUACAAAAGCCUACCCAGGUUAUGAGGCGUAUAUUACUCCAGUAUACUUCCAAUCAGACUGGCUCAAUGAAUUCUGGGACACACUUCCAUUAGAUGAUUAUAGAUUUGUGUAUAUGGGUCCUAAAGGAACAUGGACACCUUUCCAUGCAGAUGUUUAUAGAUCUUUUAGCUGGUCAGCAAAUAUUUGUGGCAAAAAGAAAUGGAUAUUUUAUCCCCCAGGAUGUGAGGAUAUGUUAAAAGAUAACCUGGGGAACCUUGUUUAUGAUGUCAUGUCUCCAGAUCUUGAUGACCAAAAGAAAUUUCCAAAUGCUCACAAGGUCAAAGGUCAAAUGCUAGAAGUCAUACAGGGUGAAGGUCAAAUUAUAUUUGUACCUAGUGGUUGGCAUCAUCAAGUGUAUAAUUUGGAAGACACUAUAUCUAUCAAUCACAACUGGUUAAACGGAUGUAACAUUGACAUAUUUUGGAAACAUUUACAAGAUGGUCUUCAAGAUGUGAAGAUGGAGAUUGGGCAUUGUCAGGACAUGGAUGGAUGGAAUGCCCAAUGUCAGCUUAUACUAAAAGCCUGUGCAGGUAUCGACUAUUCACAGUUUAUCAAAAUGCUCCGUGUAAUAGCUGAGCACAGAAUUAAACAGUUAAAAGAAAUUAGAAAAAUAUCGCACACAGCUACAGUGUUACAAACAGAUAACAUAGAAGUUCAUAAUGAUGGACAGAUAAUAGAUAGUGCAUGUAAACAAACAAGUAAUGUGGAAAUUCAUAAUGAAGGACAGAUAAUAGAUAGUACAUGUAAACAAACAAGUAAUGUGGAAAUUCAUAAUGAAGGACAGAUAAUAGAUGGUGCAUGUAAACAAACAAGUAACCUGGAAGUUAAUAAUGAAGGAAGGAUAAUAGAUAGUGCAUUUAAAACCUGUUGUAAUAUAGGUACAGAUUUCAGUCUGACGGAGAUGUAUCGUGCUUUAACAGAAACUGUCGACAGUGAUGAAGGACAGGGUGCGAGUUGUAUAGAGCAUUGUGAACAGAAUUGUGAUAUUUACGUAGACAAGACAAAUAACAGUAAGAACGUUCCUGAAAAUAUUGAAAGCGACUUGAAUAAAUGUGACCCAUCAGAAAAUGAUCAUCAGAGGAAGGGAACCUGUGAAAUAUGUGAACAUAAUCGAACAAAAAAGACACUUUCUGAAAAUGGUGGAAUUGGGAAAUGUGAACAUUUUGUUAACUGUGUUGACUCGUCAGAGUGGUGUGAAAGUGACUAUUUAUUAUUUGAUUUGUACCGUAUUAGACAGGUCCUGCAGAUUAUUAUAUCGGAUGAUGAUUAUCGGAAAUUAGAAUUGGAAUGUUCUGAUUCUGCUGAAUAUAUCUUAAAUGAAAUAAAACUUUAUCUUUCUUAAUGAAAUAAAACUGUAUCUUUCGUAAUGAAAUAAAACUUUGUCUUUUCUUUUGACAAAAAUCUUUGCCUUUCAUAAUGAAAUACAACUUUGUCUUUCGUAAUGAAAUAAAACUUUGUCUCGUAAUGAAAUAAAACUUUGUCUCGUAAUGAAAUAAAACUGAUCUUUUGUAAUGAAAUAAAACUUUGUCUCGUAAUGAAAAAAACUUUGUCUCGUAAUGAAAUAAAACUUUGUCUCGUAAUGAAAUAAAACUGAUCUUUUGUAAUGAAAUAAAACUUUGUCUUGUAAUGAAAUAAAACUGAUCUUUCGUAAUGAAAUAAUACUUUGUCUUUUGUAAUAAAAUAAAACUUUUGUCUUUCGUAAUGAAAGAAAACUUUGUCUUCAUAAUGAAAUAAAAAAACUGUAUCUUUCCUAAUUACAUAAAAGUUUGCCUUUCGUAAUGAAAUAAAACUUCGUCUUUUGUAAUGAAACAGAACUUUGUCUUUCAUAAGAUAUUUUUAAAUUAUGAUAAAUUGUGCUGUUCUUUAUGUGUUUAACUUUAUGUUACUCUACGCUACCUUGCGAAAGAGAAGUGAAGUGGCAGUUAGGAUAUGACUUUAAUGUGAUUGUUCUUCUUCAUGAUCUAGAUGAAAUUAAAUAUUUACCAUCUUUAUGUAACAGUGUCAUACUUGAUAUGAGUUAAAACUUAACCCAUACUUUAUAUGGAUUUGUUUUAGUUUAUUUUUAUCAGAAGCUAUAUGCUUUUAACCCUUUCGCUGCCAGAGGGUUAUUGUUUUAUUGAUCACCUUUUUGCCAGAGGGUUUUCUAAGAAAUUACUAUAUUAUUAAUUAAUAUAAUUAUAAUUAUUUGUUAUUAGUAUUAUAAUAAUUAUAUAUGUUUCCAAAUCUGUGAGAAUAAUAAUAAUUAUUGUUGAUGGUAUAAUUUUCUUUAUAUUUAUUAUUAUUUUUAUUAUUAUUAUUAAUUUAUUAUUAUUACCAUUAUUAUUAUAGAAAUGGCUAAAGCCGUCCAUAUGGCAAAUACGCCGAAAAUAACAGGGACGGCAUAAGCCGUCCCUAUGGCAGUGAGAGGGUUAAAAACCCUUAUACAUGUACUUCUUUGCCUAGAGCCAACCAGUGAUAAGCAAUGAGACUAAUAAUAUCUGUCAUAUGUUGCAGUUUAGAUCAGAAUAUCAGUCCAUAAUGGACCGGGCAGUAACGAAGCUUGCAGAGUUACCGCCCAUGGGGUUUCCGAAGGACUGAUAUUCCUAUCCGAACCGCAAACAUAUGUUAGAUAUUUUUUCUUGCAUAUUCUACCAUAUUCUAUCAUAUUUUAAAUUCUUUAACUUAAUAAAACAAUUUUCCAUGGAAAUUUAUGUCAUUACAGCGUUAAAAGUGUAAAGGUGAAGUAACGUCAUUCUUAGCAUGCCUUUUUGCCUGGUGAAAUGGGUAAAACUAACAGAAACACCAGUCUGCUAUGCUAGACUAAAGUUUCUUGCUCUGGGAGAUAAUGGCUUACGGGGUUUGAAUCCAGUCCUUAGAUUACUAGUAUCUUCAAAACAACAGAUUGGAAUGGUUUGAAACUUCACAUACUUAUUUUAGAGCAUGGAUUUUGUCAGAAUAAUGGCCCUUUUUGUACUUAAAAAUUCUAAAAUAUCCAGGUAGAGUUUUCACUGAUAAUUAAGGAUCAGGAUCAAAUUUAAAAACUAACAUGUUCUCCAUAAAAUUGGACUUGACACAGAAUUUUUAUACCAUUUUAGAAUAAAUUAAUUGUUAAUUUACAAGAUAUGGGCAUUUUACAUUUGUUGAUCCUUAUUUUGAUAUGAUUAUUUUUGUGUUUGUUUUGUUAUUUGUCAGUUUUAUCCCGUAAAGAGUUGUUUCUUUGCAAAUCAGCAUUUCUUACAAUUUGCUUAUGUACCAUAUAAUUCCAGCAAAAUAUGACUUAUUAUAGUUUUAUAAAGCAAUGGAAAUAAAAUCAGUAUCAUU